GCAACUGGCCAUGCGGGGUAACUGCCUGGCGAGAGAAACACCAUGGCGCAAUUUGUCACCUCUUCUCAGCAUCUUUCCACCACAUCCUUUGAAGUGCGCUUGCAGAUACCACCGGACUUUUGUUUGUUUGCUUUAUAAACACCACGAUGCCCAGAGAGACGUGCAUGAUAUUCAUCGACGACUCCAAUGUCUGGAUCGAGGCGCAGAAGUUCGCGGCGUCGGGCAAUAGCCACAUGCCCAAGUUGCAAGAUAGCGACCGCGACCCGCGUCUCCGCAUCGACAUUGGCAAGCUGGUGGAGAGGCUCCUGCGCAACCGUACCCAGGGCCCAUCGUUCCUCUACGGCUCCCGCCCACCCCCCAACGACUCGGUGUGGAAGGCCUUUGAGAAGAACAAGUUCGAGACCAACAUCUACGACCGCUCCUACGGCGGCAAGGAAAAGGAGGUCGACAACUCUAUGUCGGUCGACAUAGCUACGAAAGCUACCGAGCUGUCGAUGGAAGCCAAGCUCCUGGCUAAGCAUGGCGACCCCAAGGCCACUGAGAAGAAGGACAACACUACCUUUGUCGUCAUCACCGGUGACCGCGACCUGAUGCCCGCCGUCGAGCGCGUGCUCCAGGACAAGAUCCGCGUCGAGCUGUGGGGCUGGAAGUCGGGCAUUUCGCGGGCAUACCUGGACCUGGCGGCCGCGAAUGGCCUGCUGUCGGUGCACCUGCUGGAUUCGAUAUUCAAAGACAUCUGCUUCACCGCGUACCGCUCGACGCGCAAGGUUAAGUGCGUUGUCGGCGGCAAGACGAUGGUGCUCCGCAAUGUCGAUGAGAGCCGUGAGGAAGCCAUCUGCGAUCGGCUGCUCCGGACCGGGCAAUUGUUCUGGAUGACGCGGUGGGAUGGGGAGGCGGACCUGUGCAUCGAGUUUCCCAGGGCUCGCUCCAUCGAAAAGCUGAUUUUCCAGGCCCGGCAGCUUCUGCCUGACGAUACGAUCCUAUCGUGGCCCGAGUAUAGGGCCCGCUUCUCCCACAAGGACCCUACGGACGACGUGAAGACUGUCAAUAUGUAUGAGCUGUUGGGUCCGGAUUUUGUUGCGGAGGAUGAGCAUGAUGGUGCCAAUGUUGAAGAGCGGCUGCAGGAUUUGACGCUCAAGAACGCAAUUGAAAACGCUCGCGGCAGUGUAAGCGGCAAUGUAAGCGGCAACACCAACAGCAAUGGUAGCGGUUACAACAAUGGCAAUGCUAGGGCCAACUCCAGUGGAGACAUCAACAGUGGCAAGGACGCUGGCGACGACAGCGACGGCGGGGGCUGGCAGACCGUUGUCAACAAUAACGACCCGGGAAAACGCCACCGUCGCGUUGUCAACCAGCAGCAGGACUGCCCUUAUGGCCUGCGGUGCAAGAAGCAAGACGACUGCGGCUAUCGCCACACCGACCAGGAGCGGCGUCUGUUCCGGCAGAACCCAAACCAGAACCUCGGCAAGCGCAAGACCCAAAUGUGUCGGUACGCUCCAAACUGCUGGCGCGGGCGGGACUGCCCGUUCGCACAUACCGAGGCCGAAGCGAGGUGUCUGGACUGCGGGCAGACGGGCCAUUUCAGAGGCAACGCCGCCAAAUGUCUUUUGCGAACCUAAGAGUGCUAUCGGUGUAUAUUAGGGGCCUGGUGUAUGGCGGCGAUGCCUGACUUUCAAUCCUUUGGUCCAUGUUGACCGACUUUCUUUGACUGUAUUGUUUACAUAUAUGCUCCUGGGACUUCCUUUCUCGACUUGGAGCCACUGAAGCUUUUGAUUAUCGGAAUCUAGGCUGCUAGGAGAUUUCGUCUGAAAGGUAUCGGCCUCUAACCGCGCCAUCCUGAGCGAAUCCAAGCGGCUCGAGAUCUUCGAGAUCCCCG